AUGUCAGCUUCCGAGGUUGCCCAGUUUUUGGAAAACAUUAUCAUUACUCCGGACCCAACGGUCCGUCUUCAAGCGGAGACGACGUUGAAGAAAUUAUCUAACGAUAAUUUCUUGCAAUUCGCUGGACUUUUGUCUCAGAUCUUGGCCGAUGUGUCCGUUCGUCUUGAAGCUAGAAUUCUAGCAGGUUUGACGUUGAAGAACGAAUUGAUUUCGAAGAACCCAACAAAGGCCCAGCAGUUUGCUCAACGUUGGUCUACGCAAGUCGAUGCAGAGUCUAGACAUCAUAUUAAGCAGUUUGCGUUACAAGCGUUGGUUGAUCCAGAGACUCGUGUUGCCAACGCUUCAGCUCAGUUGAUCGCUGCCAUUGCAGAGAUCGAAUUGCCAUUGAAUCAAUGGCCAGAGUUGAUGAAGAUUAUGGUAGAUAAUACCGCUCAAGAACAACCAGAAAAUGUUAAGAGAGCUUCCUUGUUGACAUUGGGUUAUAUCUGUGAAAGUGCAGACCAAAGUGAUGAAACUUUAAUCAAUCAAUCGAACAACAUUUUGAUCGCUAUCGUUCAAGGUGCACAGUCGAACGAAACUUCUAAGAUUGUCAGACUUACCGCGCUUAAUGCAUUGGCUGACUCGCUUGCAUUCAUUAAGAAUAAUAUGGAACGUGAGGGUGAAAGAAAUUACUUGAUGCAAGUCGUAUGUGAAGCUACCCAGGCUUCGGAUGAAGAUAUUCAAGCGGCCGCAUUUGGUUGUCUUUGUAAAAUCAUGUCACUAUACUAUUUCUACAUGAAACCUUACAUGGAACAAGCUCUAUUCGCUUUGACCGUGGCUACUAUACAAUCAUCCAAUGAAAAGGUGGCAGCAAUGGCCGUUGAAUUUUGGUCUACCAUCUGUGAAGAAGAAAUUGAUAUUGCUUUUGAACUGUCACAGUACUCCAACCCAGGCUUGGAAUCUUACAAUUUUGCUCUAGUAUCCAUCCAAGAAGUGGUGCCAACUCUAUUACAGCUUUUAACAAAGCAAAAUGAAGAUCCGGAUGAUGAUGAUUGGAACGUGGCAAUGUCUGCUGGUGCUUGUUUGCAACUAUUCGCUCAAAACUGUGGUAACUACGUAGUAGAACCUGUCUUGCACUUCGUUGAACAGAACAUCACCAGUGACAAUUGGAGACAACGCGAAGCGGCUGUGAUGGCUUUUGGUUCUAUAUUGGACGGUCCUGACAAAACUCAAUUGACUAGUUUAGUCCAUCAAGCGUUACCACCUAUCCUCAACCUAAUAACGGAUCCAGUUUUGCAAGUGAAGGAAACAGUAGCAUGGUGCAUCGGCAGAAUUGCAGACUCAGUCGUUGCUGCUAUAGAUCCUCAAGACCAUCUUUCUGAUGUUGUAAACGCUUGUUUGAUCGGGUUAAAAGACCAUCCAAAAGUGGCUACCAAUUGUUCUUGGACGAUUAUCAACCUUGUCGAACAAUUAGCUGAUACCCCUUCUUCUCCGAUAUACAAUUAUUAUCCAGUUCUUGUUAGCGCAUUGCUUGAAGCUUCAAACAGGUCAGACAAUGAAUAUAAUGCUAGAGCAUCUGUAUUUUCUGCUUUGACUACUUUAGUAGAGUUCGCUAAUGACCAAGUCGGGGAAACUACUACCUCAAUUUCCACUUUUGUUUUGGAUAAACUUGGACAAACAAUGCAAGUGGAUGAAGCUCAAUUAACAGCUGAAGAUAGACAAAACUUACAUGAAUUACAAUCGAACAUUUUAUCUGUUUUGGCUGCAGUGAUUAGAAAGAACCCACAAUCUGUUAAUCCAGUAGCAGAUAUGUUGAUGGAUCUAUUUAUGAAACUUUUGAGCAAGAAUGAUACAACAUACGUGGAAGAUGAUGUCUUUUACGCUAUUUCUGCUCUAGCAUCUGCGUUGGGUAAAAACUUUGAAAAGUAUUUGGAAAGUUUCUCCCCAUAUUUGGUUAAUGCGUUAAAUCAAGUACAGUCCCAAGUUUCUAUCACUGCCGUCAAUCUAAUUGCUGAUAUCUCUAACUCUUUAGAGGAUGACUUCAAGAAAUUCGCUCCAUCGUUCAUGAGUGUUCUUGGGCAAAUGCUUUCUUCUCCAGAUGCGAAGAAGGAAUUACAACCUGCAGUCCUUUCUGUUUUUGGUGAUAUUGCCACCAACAUUGGAUCAGAUUUUAUACAGUAUUUGUCCCAAGUUAUGUCCGUGUGCGUCAUGGCUCAAAACUAUAAACCGAAUUAUAGCUCUUCUGAUGCCCUCGAUUAUCAAUAUAAAUUAUACGAAUCAAUAUUGGACGCAUACGUAGGAAUAAUAACAGGGCUACACGACCAACCAGAUGCAUUGUUUCCUUACACAGGUUCAAUUUUCCAAUUUAUCAACUUAUUGGCUGAUAAUCCAAGUGUUGCAUUAGAAGAUUCAAUUGCAAGAACAGCAGUCGGUAUAGUGGGUGAUAUUGCUGCCAUGUACCCAGACGGAAGGCUCCAACAAUUCUAUACACAACCAUGGAUGAUUAAGUUUGUAAAGGACGUGAAAACCAAUCAAUCCUUUUCUCAAAACACUAGAGAUACAGCAAGGUGGGCAAGAGAACAACAAAAGUUGCAAUCUAACUUGUGA